GUUGAAUAUGUCGCGCGCUGCGUUGGAUUGCUGCCGCUGCGAGUUAGGCAGACUUCAGCCAAUAGAAAGCGCCGAUCUAAAACGUUCGCCUUGAGAGGCGGUUCCCGACCUGACGCAGGAGGCAAGAUGGCGGAUGAGGAGAAGCUCCCACCAGGGUGGGAAAAACGAAUGAGUCGCAGCUCAGGUAACAGGGCACGGUGGUCCUGGUGACACUGAGCUGUCAUUUGGCCGAGUGUAGCCGGAUGGUGAUGGAGAGAGCUGUGUUUGUGUGGCUUAUAAGGUCAUGGCAGCAUGAGGGCAUGUUAAUUCGAUUUAUAUCCAGCCAUUAAGCCAUUCAGGCCCACUAAUAGCUAUAUCUUGUUAAAUCUAAAAGUAUCUUCAGUGAAUAAACAUAAACCCAUCACUAUAUAAUUCAGUGUAAGAUCACUAGGUACAGUAUUUAUUUUGUAGAUUUCAUUGUCUUCGCAAGGUUUUCUUUUUAUUGUAUAGUUUAACACAGAGGAAACGUGGAAUAAAAUAGUUCUUUAUGUAUUAUGGGCAUAUUACUAUAUUACUGAAACGUUGUAUGUGUUUUUUUUUUUUUUAUAUGCUAAAUAAUCUUGUAUUUUAGUUUGCUUUACAUUCCACAUUCAGUGAUUCUCAAUCUUAAAGGGACACUAUAGGCAUCAAAACAAAUCAACUUGAAGGGAUUCUACAGUAACAAGAAAGCAAACCCGUUUUCCUGGCAAUAGAGCAUCCUGGAGUGCCCCACAUCCCACGUUGCUGAAGGGGUUAAAACUCCUUCAGACGCUUACUGGAAUCCAGCGCUGAUAUCCCUCGGCACUGGGUGAGGCCCGCCGGCAGGGGAGAUCUAAUGCGCGUCAAUAGCCGCGCGCAUGCAUUACACCUACCCAUAGGAAAGCAUUAUUCAAUGCUUUCCUAUGGAUAUUCUGGCGACGCUGGAGAUCCUCAUGCAUAGCGUGAGGACGUCCAGCGUCGUUUAGAAGACCAAAAGUCGUCUAAGAAGCCGUAAGUCCCACCAGUGGUUCUCUCAUAGACAGCCACCAGAUGAGGGCUUGACCCUGAAAGGUAAAUAUUGCAGUUUAUAAAAAAAGGUUGGCACCCAGACCACUUCAAUGAGUUGAAGUGGUCUGAGUGCCUACAGUGUCCCUUUAACCCCUUAACGCCGUUACGGCGUUCUAUGGGGGUCCCGCAUUAAAAGGGCUUUAAAGCCGUUGCGUUGGCAUAAAACGCCGUAACGGCUUUGAGCCCCAGGAGGUCCGGUGGACUUACCUCUGCCGCGAUCCUCCCCUGGCAAAUGAGGCCCCCGAGGGCCAUGUGAUCGGUCUCAAUGAGCGAUCACAUGGCCCCCUAUAGCUGGCUGUGGAUCUGCCAGCAGGGGCACUGUCUGAAAUGUCAGACAGUCCCCCUGCUAGUGGGAAAUGAAAAAAAAAAUUAAACAUGUUUAAAAUAAAUACGUAAUGUAUUUUAAUAAUAUAAGUACAUAUAAUAGUAAUACACUUAGAAUGACUUUACUUAUAUAUAAUAGAUAUAUACACAUAUAUUAUAUAUAUAUACGUAUAAUUACAAUAAUAAAUAAAAAUUGAAUCAAAAUUUAAUAUAAAUUAUAUAUACAUAUGUAAUUUCAUUCUAACUGUAUUUUGUUAUUAAUAUAUGUGUGUGUGUAUAUAUAUGUAACAAAAUACACUUAGAAUGACAUUCUAUAUAUAUCUAUCUAUAUAAAAUACAAAUAACCGCAAGUAUAUAUAUUUGUUUUACAGAAAAGAUUACAUUAGUAUACACGUAGAAUUUAAAUACCUAUAAAUGCAUAUAUAUUAAAAUUCUACGUGUAUAUUUAAGUAAUCUUUUAACAUAAUUAUGUGAUUUGAUUAAUUAAAAUUUGAUUGACAUGCCUGACAACACAGGGAGAAAGUGAAGAGAAUUUAAUUCGCAAGCACUAUAUUUGACCCUGUAACUCUACAAGACACCAUAAAACCUGUACAUAGGGGGUACUGUUUUACUCGGGAGACUUCGGUGAACUCAAAUAUUAGUGUUUCAAAAUGAUAAAUUUUAUUACAACGAUGAUAUUUUAAGUAAAAGUGACGUAUUUUGCAUUUUUUACAAACGAACAGAACUUUUAUGGACUAUAUUAUUGUUGUAAUAUGUUUUACUGUUUUAAAACACUAAUAUUUGUGUUUAGUGAAGUCUCCCGAGAAUAACAGUAGCCCCCCAUGUACAGGUUUUAUGGUGUUUUGGAAAGUUAGAGAGUCACAUAUAAGGCUUGCAUUUCAUUUUUUUGACAUUGAAAUUUGCCAGAUUGGUUAUGUUGCCUUUGAGAGCGUAUGGUGGCCCAGGAAUGAGAAUUACCCCCAUGAUGGCAUACCAUUUGCAAAAGUAGACAACCCAAGGUAUUGCAAGUGGGGUAUGCCCAGUCUUUCUUAGUAUCCACUUAGUCACAAACACUGGCCAAAUAUUAGUUUUUUGCUUUUUUCACACAAAAACAAAAUUGAACGCUAACUUUGGCCAGUGUUUGUGACUAAGUGGAUACUAAGAAAGACUGGGCUACUAAAAAAGACGAAACAUACCCCACUUUUAAUACCUUGGGUUGUCUACUUUUUCAAAUGGUAUGCCAUUAUGGGGGCAAUUCUCAUUCCUGGGCUACCACACUGUCUCAAAGGUAACAUUACUAUUCUGGCAAAUUUCAAUUUGUAAAUGGAACGUUCUAUAUUUUACCCUGUAACUUUCUAAAACACCAUAAAACCUGUUAAUUGGGGGUACUGUUGUACUCGUGAGACAUCACUGAUUACAAAUAUGUUCAUUUUUUUGCAGUAAAACUUAAACAGUAUUAUGACCACCUGGAAAUAUUUUCGGGAAGAACUUUAAAGGAUCACUAUAGGGUCAGGAACACAAACAUGUAUUCCUUACCUUAUAGUGUUAAAACCACCAUCUAGCCCCCUUUGGCCUCUCCUGCCUCCAUAAAUAUAGUACAAAUCUUACUGUAUUCAAGCCUGAAGCUGCUGGCUCUGCCCUGUCUGCCUCAGAAAAACAAGCUGUCUGCUGACAUCAUCAGAAGUGGUAGCCUGAUCCAAUAACAGUGCUUCCCGAUAGGGUUGGCUGAGACUGACAAGGAAGUAGAUCAGGGGCAGAGCGAGCAUAAUUCAAACACAGCCCUGGCCAAUCAGCAUCACCUCAUAGAGAUGAAUUGAAUCAAUGAAUCUCUGAGGAAACUUCAGUGUCUGCAUGCAGAGGGAGGAGACACUGAAUGUUUGGAUGCAUUUUAGGCAGCAAUGACCCAGGCAGGAUCUCUAACAGCCAUCUAAUGAGUGGCCAGUGAAGUUAUUAAUAUGCUGUAAUGUAAACACUGUAUUUUCUCUGAAAAGGCAGUGUUUACAGCAAAAAGCUUGAAUGUAAUGAUUCUACUCGCCAGAACAAAUUCAAUAAGCUGUAGUUGUUCUGGUGACUAUAGUGUCCCUUUAACAGCGGUCAGUCUAAAAGUUAAUCGAGUGACGUUUGGACAAUUUCUCCUGGAACAGAGCGCUUUUUUAACAGAACGGGCACUCUGAUCCCCUCUUUCAGGGGAUAUAUGACUUUUAGGGAUAACAUUUUGUUUUCGGGCUGUUUUGGGGGUAUUUGUGUGUAGCUUCUGUUUCCGGGAUAUAAUUAGUUUACCGGUUAUCAGCUCAAUUAUCUCCCAGACGCCUGAGGCCGGCUUAGGACUGAAUAAAUAGAGUCCCCAUGCUGGGGGUCCUUGUAUAAAUAGCGGUACAUUUUGCCUGAAUAAACCAGUCCAAUUUACCCUUCAUCAAGUUUUGGCUGAUGCUUGGGGAUACUAGAGCAAUAUCACACUCUUAAGCGGAUAUACUCAGCCGGAGUAUAGGGGCUUCGUUACAAAUGCGUCAACAGCAUCAAAUCCAGUCUUCUCUGCUCUGGCUAAUGAGGAAGCAAUGUGUAGCUCUGAAUGUCUGAGAGCGAUAGCUUACCACAUAAGCCUAUCAUAAUGCCUAUUGCAGGUAUGAAUCAGUAGGGCUCGAAGUGUUAUCUCUGCCAUAGCCACACCUUUAGUAGGGUCUUGAAUGUUUGUGGAAAUGGACCCUUUUUAGUGUUAAGUGCCCGAUAACAGUUUAACAAUCAAUGGAAAGACCAGGGAACCCAAGGUACUCCAAUUCAAUAAUAUGAAAUCGCUAGUGCCUAAAGUGUUCCUUCUAAUAUGUGUUUGAAAAUGCAAAGCCACAAAUGAUUCUGCAUGCUAUGUAUCUCUACAUUCUUCCCACGGUUUGCAUCAGUCUUUACAUAGUUACAUAUAUAGUUACAUAGCUGAAAAGAGACUUGUGUCCAUCAAGUUCAGCCUUCCUCACAUAUGUUUUUGCUGUUGAUCCAAAAGUCUUCACACCUAAGACUUUUGCAGACAUUUUUCAAGCUGCUCGUACAACUAAUUUUAACCCAAACACCAUACAUCUCACUUCUUUUGUACAAAAAUGUUCCCCAAAAAGUAAUUUUUCACAUGAGCUUACAAUUACCUUGAAUAAACUCUCUAACAUACAAAUGUGUUUUUUUAAUGAUAGUGCAUUGCUUGGCAAAUUUAAGUUAUCUCCCAAAAAAAAAAAAAAGCGGAACAAAGUUGUUGUUGUUUUUUUUUUUAUUAUUAUUUAUUUAUUUUUUUUAAUUCCCCUUUUAUCUAGCUCUGGACGAAUGAUUGUUGAGAAACAAUCAUAGAGAAACAUUGGGUACCUACUGGGCAUUAAUCACAAUCUCUAAGCUGUUAAUAAGAUUUUUCUCAUAGAGAACCAGAGUCCAUUCAGAGUUUGGCGGCAUCAUUCUGUGUGUGAUGUUGCCAAAUGCUGAGACGUCCUUAUAAUUGAAAGUCUUAAAUAAGUGUCUCUUCUGGCUGUAACUCUUACAGCCACUAGAGGCAUGGUUAUGGCAAAAUGUAAACAUUGCCAUUUAUCAGUAAUGGCAAUGUCUUACUUUGCCACACAAAUGUUACAGUGCUUAUACACCAGAACCAUUUAAUUAAGAUGAAGUGGGUUUAAUGUUUAAAAUCUCUUUAACUUGUAACUCUCAUGGUAUACAUAAGUUAUGCUCUUUUGUCGAACAUAAAAUAUCGUCUAUAAAAAGUGCUAGUGGAAUUGCUUACAAAUGUGUAAAUUGGUAGAAAAAAUAUUUAAAGGGACACUAUAUAGUCACCCAGACCACUUCAGCUCAAUGAAGUGGUCUGGGUGCCAGGCCCUUCAAGUUUUAACCCUUCAGAUGUAAACAUAGCAGUUUACAUUUGGGGUUAAUCCAGCCUCUAGUGGCUGUCUUCCUGACAGCCACUAGAGGCGCAUCUGCGAUGCUGGAUGCAAAUUUUGCAUCCAUUGAGCAGAGCGUCCAAAAGAAAGCAUUGUGCAUGUGCAUUCUGCUCCACUAGGGAGUUGACGUUGGAUGGUAGGAGAGGUCACCAGCGCCAAGGGAGCCCGGCGCUGGAUAAAGGUAAGCUGCUGAAGGGGUUUUAACCCCUUCAUGCCCAGCGGGUGGGGGCACCUGCAGGGCACUAUAGUGUCAGAAAAAACGCUUUUGUUUAACCCUUUUAAAGAGCGAGGCAAUUGUACUCAGCAAAACAAAACCUAGAAUUUUAGACCUAUGUCUGUUCAAACAUAAUUUGCUCCUACACUUAUUACAUAUCAUUUGUUAUGGAGAAAUGGGGCUUUUUAAAUUUCAUUAAAUUUCACAUCAGAUAUUUAUAUAAUGAAUAUAAUUUGUUAAAUCUGAAUAAAUUUGAGAAAUUAGUAAAUUAUUUUCCAAGUUCUUAAUGACAUUUUAACUAUGAAUGUCAUCAUACUGUUAGAUUCUACUACAAUAAAACACAUAUUUGUAUGCAGUGAUGUCCCGCGAGUAUAAAGUUGCUGUCCAUGUACAGAUUUCGUGCUGUUUUGUAAAGUUACUGGGUUAAAUAUAGAACUUGCAAAUGAAAUCUUGACUUUCUGCUUUGGUUGGCAGGCUGUACCCUCACUAUAUAAUUGAUAAAUAGCAUUGUGUAAAAAUAAUACACAUAGUAUACACAUAGAAUUGACAUAUAUAUAUAUAUAUAUAUAUAUAUAUAUAUAUAUAUAUAUAUAUAUAUAUAUAUAUAUAUAGUGUAUAUUCAUUCUGUGUGUAUUUUGAUAUUAAUGUAUUGAUGGAUAAACUUGAAAAAUAUGAACGUAUAUAUAUAUAUAUAUAUAUAUAUAUAUAUAUAUAUAUAUUACAAUUGUGCAAUAAUUAAUUUUCAUUAUUAUUAUUAUUUUCAUGUUUGGGGAUCUGCCUGAGGGCACAGUCCGGCAGGUAUCCUGGCUCCCAGGAGAGCUCAAUUGUUACGACAUGCUAUUAACAGCACUAUAAAGCCCUCCUUUUGCAGGACAGCAUAGCACAGCCUAACAACCCUAUUUUAUUUUCAUCUGCAAAUCACUUUUGACAUAGACCUCUGGUUUGUAGCAGGAAGUCUUUCUGCUCCAACUAUAGUCAUUAUUGUACAUGCUUUUGUGGUUACUAUUGGUACUUCCCAGCUGUCACUGGUUAGGGAGUAUACUGACACUCUAUUCAGGCUCUGGCAUUAUGGAGGAGGUUUGCUUGCUUGGGGAAAUUACAUGAGCAAGCAGGUGAAACACUGGUGGACCGGAGAUAAGUGUUAUAGUAGAGUAUUGCCUAUUAAAGGACCACUAUAGUGCCAGGAAAACAAACUCGUUUUCCUGGCACUAUAGUGCCCUGAGGGUGCCCCCACCCUCACGGUCCCACUCCCGCCAGGCUGAAUGGAGAAGAAGGAGGUUAAACACUCACCUUUCUCCAGAGCUGGGCUCCCUCGGCGCUGGGGACUCUCCUCCUCCUUUGGCUGUCAUCGGCUCAAUGUGCAUGCACGGCAAGAGCCACGUGCGCAUUCAGCCAGUCCAUAGGAAAGCAUUCUCAAUGCUUUCCUAUGGACGCUGACGUCUUCUCACUGUGAAAAUCACAGUGAGAAGCGCGGAAGCGCAUCUAGCGGCAAGCGGCUGUCAAUGAGUCAGCCACUAGAGGCUGAAUUAACCCAAAUGUAAACAUAGCAGUUUCUCUGAAACUGCUAUGUUUACAGCAGGCAGGAUUAAUCCUAGAUGGACCUGGCACCCAGACCACUUCAUAAAGCUGAAGUGGUCUGGGUGCCUAUAGUAGUCCUUUAAGAAGACAUUGCAGCGCUAGACUGAAGGUCUUUAUAGCUAUAUAUUUUUAAUUAAUAAAUGGUAUAUUCAGUAUAUAAGGUAGAUUCAUGUCAAACUGAAUACUGUUUAGCUCAUUGCUUCUCACACAAGUCCCACUAGUGUUUUAGGGUCCAGAUCUCUUGCAGAAUAAAAAAGUAGAAAUUCCCUCAAUUUAGAAAUUCUUUGAAUCUUGAGGUCUUGUUUAAGAAACAUUGUAAUAGCUAUUGUAGUUUAUUGUUGUUCUAUCUUGUUGCAUUGACUUUCUAUUCUUUCUAUCACCUGUAACCACAACUAAAGGGUAAGCUUGCAAGUAGUGUUCUUUUUACAGUUUAAAUUUGUAAUGUCCUCAAGAGGUGGGUUUAUCAAAAUUGUAGAAAAGUCGGUUAAAGGACUUUAAAUAAUGUAACUAUUCAUUUUUCCUUAGGGCGUGUUUAUUAUUUCAACCACAUGACUAAUGCUAGCCAAUGGGAACGACCAAGCUGUGGUGGGAAAAAUGGACAAGGAGAGUCAUCAAAAGUUCGGUGUUCUCAUCUGCUUGUGAAGCAUAGUCAAUCGAGGCGCCCUUCAUCCUGGAGACAGGAGAAAAUAACACGCAGCAAGGAUGAGGCACUAGAACUCAUUAAUGGUGGGUAAAAGAACAUACAACUAGGUUUAGUGGUUUAAUAUUCCCUUAUGAGUGUGCUCUUCAUUUACAGUUGUAUGCAACACUGGAAUUUGUGCUCCUCUUUAGCAACUUUUCCUCUACAUUACAUUUUUGUUUUGUUUAUAUUGUGCUAGGGAAUUUACAAAUAUUUUCCCUUAAUUACAUGCAAGGUGAAUAAUUGAAUAGUCUGUUAAAAUCUGUAUCUUAUUUUCAAUGUGUUGUGGAGAUUCUGCUUAAAGGCACACUCCAGUCACCCAGACAACUUCUGCUCAUUGGAGUGGUCUGGGUGCAAAGCCCACUACCCUUAACCCUGCAAGUGUAGUUAUUGCAGUUUUCAUAAACUGCAAAAUUUACCGUGCAGGGUUAAGUCCUCCUCUAGUGGCUGUCUAUCAGACAGCCACUAGAGGGACUUCCUUAUUCUUAGAACACGUGUGUUAUACGACGCUGGACGUCUUCACACUAUGUGAGGACCUCCAGCGUCUCCGAACUCCCCAUAGGAAAGCAUUGAAUAAUGCUUUCCUAUGGGGAGGUCUAGUGCGUGUGCGGGGCCAUUGCCGAGCAUGCGCAUUAGGUCUCCCCAGCCAGCUGACGUCAGCUGGGGAGGAGAGUAGGCGGAGCCUCACCCAGUGCCAAGGGACAUGGCUUUGCAGUCUGAAUCGUAUUGAAAUCUGGUAUAGCGUCUAGCUUUCAGUUGAAAGGACACUCUAAUCAUCCAAACAACUUGAGCUUAAUGAAGCCGUUUUGCCAUAAUGAUUAUGCCCCUGCAAUUUUCUAAAUUCUCUGCCUUUUAGGAGUUAAAUAACUCUUGUUUCUUUUAAACCUGUAGGGGUUUAAAAGUUGUUUCUUACCUUUACUCCUUCGUGUUUGUAGGCUAUUAGUGGGGUUCAGUGUGUGGGAUGCUGCUUGUGAUGUAUUCCUGUAUGUCAUCAUGUGUUAGAAUUGUUUGUAUUCUUUUACCUAUUGUACUGCGCUGAAGAAUUUGUUGGCACUAUAUAAAUGGUUGUAAUAAUUGUGUGUGUGUGUGUGUGUGUGUGUGGGGCUGUAUGUAGUAUUGCAAUGGUGGGGAGGCUGCAUGUGGGAUUGUGUACAUACAGUGAUGCUCCUGGUGGGUUUGUAUGUGUGGAUGAGUUUCUUUGCAGUGUAGUAUGUGGAUGGAGAUGGCUGGUUGUAUUGCAGUGUGUGUGGUACGUCCUGUUGUAUGUUUGUGGGAUAGGGACCAUAGUAGGCGUCUGGACAGGGUAUUUGGGGCUGUAGUGAGUGUUUGGAUAACAGAGGCUCUACUUUGUGGUGGAUCUAAAGUCUGCAGUUUGUCUGUGCAUGUGGAUAGUGUCUGCAGUGUGUGUGUGUGGAUAUGAGCUGUAGUGGAUGCACCAGUGAUUGGAGGCUAUACUGGGUGCUGGAAGGUAUAGGGGCUACAGUCGGUCUAGAGAGAGAGAGAGGUUCUGAGGUGGGUACAGGAUGAAAUAGGGGCUGUGGUGGGUGAAAGGGGAAAUGGGGCUGAGCUGGGUGGAGUGGGGGAUAAGGGCUGAGGUGGACUCUGAGGGAGAUAGGGACUGAGGGUGAGUAAAGGGAAGCCUGGGGGGGAGAUGUAGGUAGAUGUUGGCUGAGCUGAGUGGAAGAGGGCAGAUGUGGGCUGUAGAGGGGGGGGGGAGAUGGGUGAAGUGGGUGCUGAUAGAGAUGGGGGUGGGGGGAGGGGGGGCCUGGGGCUGAGGAAGGAGAGGAGGGGGCAGGAAGUGAUGUAACUUCCCUUGGGCCCCACCUCCUCCCCUCACACCAGAGCUCCGCACAGGAAAAGGAUGGAGGAGACCUGGUACACAGCAAAAUUGCUGCCUGGUCUCUAAAGGGGCUUGAUGUGCAAUUUUUCUUCUCUGGCUGGAGAGAUCACUGAUCUCACCAGCAAGAGAGAGCACAUGGCUGUUCAGUCAGCCAGGCCCCUGACUGCCUCAGCCCAUGACCCAACUGACCGAGUGGUCAGUCCGCCACUGAACUGAUAGGACUUCAAAAUCAACAAGAUAACGUAAUUUGUAUUUUACAGCUGUGCAACAACAUACAUUCACCAUUUCAUUCCCAUUACCAAACUUUUCUUAAUAUGUCAUGGUAGUUGUACUGAAACAUUGGUUAUAUGCAGAUACAUAUUUCCUUAAAAUAAAUUCGCUCUUUUGUUUGCUUUAAAGCCCUACGAGUGUGAGGAUGUCCAGUGUCAGGCAACUUUUUUUUAUACUGCAAUAAGCCUAAGUGUCUAUGAAAACUGAAGUUUUUUGGGGGGUCUUGCGGCCCACAUAAACUUAAACCUUAUUUAUUUGGCCCAUGUUAACCUUAAUACGAUAAGCUGUAUUUGUUCUGGUAAGUAUAGUGUCCCUUUAACUCCUAUCUGGCAGAUAAUUGAGACUGUAGGUGCAUAAUCUACACAUAUGUAGAUAAAAAUCUUUCCCACAAUACACACUGUCAGGCACAUACAUACCCACUAUCAGAUAUACAAUCUGACUUACACAUUCAUUUAUUUUUUUCCCUACGUUUGGGAUAGAUGGAGUGGAUCUUCCUGGGGUCCAUUGGGAAGCUGCUCUGAUCUUUAUGAAGUGCCUGCAUAGCUUCCUUGCUCGCCCUCUAGUAAUGCCUGGGCCAGAGUGAUGCAGUCACAGCAAAUGUAGGUCUGGACUUCCUUGCCACCCGCCAAAACAAACCGUGUACAUUUGGUCAGAGUAGGCACCUGCCAUCCUUGUAGCCAGCGACCUAUUCUGUCUUGGCACAGCCAGUGCCUUUGUUAAAUUUGAGGUGGUAAAGAAAACAAACCAAAAAAAAAAAACACUACCUGCCCAGACAUUGGCUGAUUAUAAUUGCAAAUCCUUGGUCUCAGUAGACUGUCUAUUGAAUCUGUGAUCAUUUAACUAAAAUACUGUUGUUCCAAAGCCAAGCAAUAACAAGUCCACUUUUAAAAGGCUAAGGCAUGCAGUGCUCAGCAUGAUUAAAAACACUCCCACUUCAUUACACCUUCAACUGAUGUUAAAGAACUACCUCUGGCUUCCUGAUAAAAAGCAGAGGACAACAGUGUCUGGUGUCAAAGGGCCACCUUUGAGGUAAAACCGGUGGAAAACAGUUUAACCCAUGGUAAGAUGGCAUCUGAACGUUCCGUUUGAUCUGGUCUAUGCUGAAAAAAGGAUAUUACUCUCAAAGUCAUGCAAUUUAUGAAGUUUGUUUUUACUCUUAUCAGUGCCGCUGAAAUAGCUUAGAAAACAAAAAAGUACUUUGAGGCGUACAUUUAGUUAUUUCAACAUGUGUUUUCUUGUAGGUUACAUUCAAAAGAUCAAAUCUGGGGAUGAAGAUUUUGAAGCAUUGGCCUCUCAGUUCAGUGAUUGCAGUUCUGCAAAGGCUGGAGGAGAUCUCGGCAGUUUUGGAAGAGGUAUAUUUACAAGCUGUCUCCUCUUUAGUUAGAAAGUCAAUGAAACAAGUUGUGAUUUCCUUAGAGCACUUACCUCCUGAAAUUAACAAAAUCACUCGUUUACUAAGGAACAUUGUUAGUGAGGAACUUCAAGUACAUAUGUCUAUACUGUUUUCUUUCUUUUAUUUUCAUUAAUAAAGCAUGUGAAUGGAAAACUAGAAAAAUGGUCAGAGCUGUGGCAACUGACAUUUAAUAUGGAUAAGUGCAAGAUAUUGCAUCUUGGACGUAAAAACCCAAGGGCAGAGUAUAGAAUAAUUGGUACACUACUAACCUCAACAUCUGAGGAAAGGAAUUUAGGCGUAAUUAUUUCAGAUGACUUAAAGUUAGACAGACAAUGUAAUAGAGCAGCAGGAAAUGCUAGCAGAAUGCUUAGUUGUUUAGGGAGCGGUAUUAGCAGUAGAAAGAGGGAAGUGCUCGUGCCAUUGUACAAAGAACACUGAUGAGACCUCACUUGGAGUAUUGUACACAGUACUGGAAACCAUAUCUUCAGAAGGAUAUUGAUCCUUUGGAGAGAGUUCAAAGAAGGGCUACAAAAUUGCUUCGUAGAUUACAGAAUAAAACUUACAAGAAAAUGUUAAAGGAACUUAACAUGUAUAGCUUGGAGGAAAGACAAGACGGGGGACAUAUGAUAGAAACAUUUAAAUACAUAAAGGGAAUCAACACAGUAAAAGAGGAGACUAUAUUUAAAAUAAGAAACUACCACAACAAGAGGACAUAGUCUUAAAUUAGAGGGGCAAAGGUUUAAAAAGAAUAUCAGGAAGUAUUACUUUACCGAGAGGGUAGUGGAUGCAUGCAAUAGCCUUCCAGCUGAAGUUGUAGAGGUUAACACAGUGAGGGAGUUUAAACUUGUGUGGGAUAGACAUAAGGCAAUCCUAGUUGUAAGAUAAGGCCUAAUGAAAGUAUUUAUUUAGAAAAUUGGGCAGACUAGAUGGGCUGAAUGGUUCUUAUCUGCCGUCAUAUUCUAUAUUUCUUUGAAAGGUAUGUUCCUCUAGAUAGGUAUGCAUGCUAUCUUUAUGCUGGUAAAAUUGCUAGCACAUAAGUCAAUUUAUAAAUGUAUGUAUUACGUUUCUGCCAACUCAUGCAGUACACAUCCACUGUGGAUGCUUCCAAAUACCUGUGUAUCUACCAGCCAGCAAACAAAGCCACCGUAACACUAAAUUCUGUAACCAGUAACCAGUACAUAUUUACCUUUGCAUACAGUGGUUUUUUUUUUUUGUUUUGUUUUUUAAAAGGUGAAGCAAAUUAUAUACAGUGUCCAGCAGACUAUCAAGUUUCAGUGAGGGGAAAGUAAUUUGCAUUUGCACCCAACCCAUGGUUCUGAUGUUUUAGUAUGAGGAGAAAUUACACCCAGCAUUUUUUUUUAUAUUUGUCUAUGAAAGAAAAUUUGGUUUAUUUUUACAAUUUGUUUUUGCUAAAGAGCAGCUAUCUUCUCUUUUAUCAAUAAUAUUAUAUAGAAAGACACUCUAGGCACCAUAACCUUUAGAUUGUUGUAGUGGUUAUUGUGCUCUGAGGUAGUGAGUGCGUUUAUUUUUGUUCAGUUGCAUUCUAGUGGUCUCUGGCAAAUGCCUAAAAAUGCCAUGACAAACUUUAAAGGGACAGCUUAAUGUUGUAGUUCUGGUGUGUAUAGAGUUUGUGUCUCUACAGGCACUUUAAUGUAAACACAGCCUUUAAUGAUCCAAUAAAAAAAUAAUAAAAUCGUGUUGUACUUUGGAAAAUUAUUUCACUGUUUAGGCCAGGAGUAGGCAACCUUGUGCACUGCAUCUCACAUAAUGCUCUUAAUAUUAGCAAACCAUCAAGGGAAUUUUAGUCCACAACAUCCAGAGUGCCAAACAAUAUCUAGCAAAUGGAUGAUAGUCAGACUUUCAGGGUUAUACUCUAAAGUGAAUUUUAAAGCCAAACUAGUCAAACUGGGACAAUCUCCAAUACAGCUGUCUCGAGUCCAGCUACUUUGGAUUUAAAUUUGAAAAAUUGUUUUAAUUCUCAAUGAUUUCCAGAUAAAUUAAAGUCAAAAGCCCUGCUAAUAAACUAAAUACUAAUAUUAUACCUGUGGGCCAUGUUUUAUAUUAUAUUUUAAUUCUAGAUUGUUUUCUUUGAAACGCUUUUCCUCCACUUCCUUGUCAACUAAGUAAUUUUUCUCUUCUACAGGUGACAUGCAAAAACCCUUUGAAGAUGCAUCUUUUGCCCUGCGUCCUGGAGAAAUGAGUGGCCCCGUAUUCACAGAUUCUGGCAUCCACAUUAUACUUCGUACAGAGUGAAUUCUUUUUCCUAGUGUUUUUCCCAACACUUCUUUUAAAGGAGGUGGCAAGGGGAAUGGAGUAGAGUUUAGGAAGGAGGAGAGCUGGGUUGGGGUAGAUUACGCAGUAAAAUACACUUGGUUAUGAUCUUGGUCCACAUUACGGAGUUUUGCAGUGUUAUGUACAAUGAGUUAAAUCAUUCAUUGACAUACCACACAUAAUCAACACAAACCACUUCUGACUGCAGCAGGGAUGUGAGUGAAAUGGACAAUUUUGUUUUAAUUAUUAGGAUUUUGUCAAACUCCCUCAUUGUCUGAAAGUUGACUAGAGUUCACUUCCGCUUACAUCACCAGUUUACUAUUGUUAAUAAUAUUUUUAGUUUACCUGGUAUAGCACGAGAUGCCAUAUUCCAGGUCCUCUGGCAUGGCUUUUAAGUACAUGAUAAUAAGCACCAGUGAUAGUGAUUGAACUCGUUAUAAGCAGUCAUUGCGAUAAAAAUUGUGUUCCCAAGAGGAACUGCAUCUUUUAUUUUGCAUGCUAAGGAAAACUGUAAUUAAAGCAGAUGGACAAUGCAGGGCUCUGAGUUCACUGCCUUUCACAGAUUCUUUGUGAAACUAAAUAAAAUAUUGCUGUUUUGUAUAAAUAUACAAUGAAUUUACCAAUACAUGUGGAUUUCUAUGAGGUCUGAACUGACUUGGGCCUCUCAAACGAAUUAUGUUAGUCUUAUAUCCUAGAAAACGCUUUUUGGUUUGUUUAUUUUUUAGUUUGUUUUUAUAAAAUUAUCAUUUGGAAAUCUUAAUCCUGUUUUUGGGCAAGUGGCAGGCUUGAAAGAGUAUUUUCCAGAUUAAUACAAUGUGUUUAUUUUUAUUUUUAAUGGAACUUCACUCGCUAUGAAUAAAUUAACCUCUGAGGCUAGCUAGAUUAACUAGUGCAUGUAAUUUGGCCCUGUUUCACAGAGCAGUCUUGUUUUUUGUUUUUUUUUGUGAGUUUAUGUAUUAUCAAACACAGAUCUAACUAUUUUAAUGACCAAUGAUCCAAUAAUUGUCUCCCUUCCUUUGUAUUUUUUCAAGUGAGAUAUUCCAUAUCUACUCUUCCACAGACUAUGGUGAACAUAAUACACAGGUAAAACAGAAGCAAUUCAUACACUGGUAGCCAUUCACUACGUACUGCGUUGUGCUGACAUCAACAUUUUCGGUCAACAUUGCAAAUUUGAAAAACUAUGUUGGCACAAAACUGAGUUGCCAUAAGAAAUUGUAUACUCUUAAAUUAGAAGAACUCUAAUAACUGACCGAAAAUUGUAUCUAUUUUCCUCUCCUUCUGGGUAUUAUUCAUCACAUUUUUAUUUGUGCUAUUGGAAGGUUUUAAAUCCUUUUUAUGACCUCCUGGUGACAUGAACCUGUAGCUUGUUUUCAAAGCUUUCAGUUUAAAAAUAGUCUGAUACAGUUUUCAUGUCACAUUGUGCUAACUAAGGCAGCAGAGAAAUAAAGUUUCUUCCAUUUCAAUCAAUAAUUGACAAUCAUAUGCUUAAUUUGAAGAGUAAAACACAUGCGUUUAUUUAGAAUCAUUAUGUAUUAAAGCAGGGACGUGGGCAUAAAGUUACAUGUUCCCCAGUUGACAUCACACAAUAGAGCUCAGAGAUGAGUCUUGUGUGGUGAUUCAUUCAAUUUUACAUUUUUAAGUUGUGGUUUUACCCUGUGCUUCUCUAUGUCUUUUUAACCCGUUAUUGAUUCAUCAUUCACCAUAGUAAAGUGAUGAGCAAGAAGAUUGAACAAAAAUGUUAUCCUGUGUAUACAUAUUAAGUAAUAUAUAUAUAUACACAUGUGGAAUAUUGAAAUAUCACAUAAUAUCAACAGUCACUGACAUUUUUAUAGAAAAUCAUUAGAUCUUCCUGCGUGGUAAAAAUUUUAAAAAAGAAAAAAAAAUUGACCGAAUUUUAUUUAUAUUUUUUUUGUAAAUGCACAUUUUUAUUUAUUUUUUUAAAUAUGGUUGCUGGGAACAGUAUUUUAUUCUAGCCGCUUUAAUGUGUAAAAUCUGUAAUGACUAAAAAUGGAAUGCAUGAAUAUCAGAACAUAAGGCAACCUUGAAUAUGGGGAUGUGGUGUGCCUUUGACUUUCUACUGAGUUCUUUAGAUUGGAAAUAUUUUAAAAUUAAGGAGUCACCAAGUUAUAUCUAGAUUUCAGUGGUUUUCUAAUUUAUGAAUCCCUUAGCUGGCUUUUGUCUCAGUAAAGCAAUCUCUAAUGCAAAUAGCUAGUGUAACAAGGUGGCUGCCUUUUUAGCAUUAUUUCGUGUUUCCUUACUUCUAAUAUUGUUUCACAGUGGCAGGAAUAUCCAGUCACGUGGCCCUGUUAUGAGUAAAUUUCUUCAUAGAUUGGGAACUGAAACAGAAUCUUUAAGCUCUAUUUGUCCAGUUUGCCUAUAGAACUGCUAUACAGGAGGAAAAGUAGUCCCUACUUUUCUUUUAUGUAUUUUAUGAAAACUUGAGCACUCAUGAAUAAAUAGAUUCAGACACAGCGCUAUACAGAAGCAGAUUGCAUAAAGUUUUUAUUUUGUUGGCAGCCACCUUUUGUAACUUAUGUUUUCAAAGUAAAAUAAUGCAGCAGCCAGGAUGGCCAUUUAUGUAAAUGCAUAUUGCUAUAAAAAGUACCAUACUUGCAAAUCAAUAGGAUUCUGUCUCACAGCACGAGUGGGCAGAUGCACAUGGAGGUACCCAAAUAUUGGUAUACAAAUGUUUGUGUACAUAAACAUGUAGAAAGUAAAACUGACCAUAUUUUUAUAAAAUGUUUACUUUGUGAAUUCAGUAAUAUAACAUGCUGAUUUAAUAGAAAAUGUAUGUCAUCGAGGGCAAAGGUGAAUUACGGUUGCUUUAAGUCUAAAACCAUUAAAGGCUGGCCAGAGGUUUCCUGUGUAAGGCAUAGGUCAUAUGUGUGCAAAUGUAUAUCCUUUUCUCGUAAGGUCCAUAGCCGGGGUAUCUGGCACAUUAUGCUUCCUUUAGUGACAAAGUCACUGACAGCUGUAGUGUAAAUUAAAUGAGCACUAUUGCACUAAGAAAAAAAGAGAAACUGGGAAGCUGAUACAGAGAAAACCUCCUAAAAUGGGUGGAAACUAUGGAAUAAAUAACAAAAGAAAUAAGAGGAUUUCUGAGUAUCAAAAAAGUAAUGAAACAGCGGUAUUAAAAUAGUGAUGCUGGGUGUAUAAGUGGAACAAUACCCACUUCAGUCAGGAUAUGGCUGAGCAAAUAGUUAAAACGUGGCCUUUACUAAGUAUUAGAUAAAAGGUGGGGUAUGCAAAGUGAAAUAAACUUACACCAUAAAUAAAAAAAAAAAAACAAACAAAAAUGGAAUCAAAUAGCUAUACUGAAAUAGGAUAAAGCUGAAAAAUUUCACAGAAAUCGGCUUCUAAAACCUGCAGUAACGGCUGCUAAAUAUUCCCUAAUGUGCCUUAGAGGACAACCCUUGGUAAAAGUCUGUCCCUAGUAUGCAAGUGCUCAAAAUAAUAGGGUUGUAUACUAGGGACAGUCUUUUACUAAGGAGUGCCCUCAAAGGCACAUUAGGGAAUAUUUAGCAGCCAUUACUGCAGAUUUCUGCGAGAUUUUACAGCUUUAUCUUAUUUCAGUAUAGCUAUUUGAUUAGUCAUCUUACUUGCUACAUUUCUUAGCUUAUAUUGUGUUAUUCCCUAUUGCAACAUUGUAGCAUUUGAAACUGUCUAGUCCUACUUCUCACCACAGUUUAGUUUCAGUGGGUUUCCAGCUCAAAACCACCCUCCUGGCACAUAAGGUAAGCUGACAGGAGGGUGGCUGGAGAUAUAUAAAAAAAAAAAAUCACUUGUGUGUAUUGGGGUCCUUGUUUGCCAGUUCCACGGUCCUCUAGGGUAAAAACAACAUGCGCAGUCUUUUGGUUGCAAUUCAAUUCAGGCCCUUUAUUUAAAAGUCCUUUCAGGCGGCAGCAACACAACACAAAAUAACAUAACAGAUUUCAUUUUAAUCAAAUCCUAGCUUAUUAUUCCUGAUCUACCAAGGGUUCUAAAAUAACAAAACAUUUGUUCCAUGUUCACUUUUCCUGUACUUCAGUGCUCAGUAACCUUGACUCUCUGCACUUCCAUUGCUCCAAGUCAGCCUGCUGCUUUCCAACUCUCUCACAGGAUACAACAGCGUCUAUCCUAUCUGCUUCCAGGGGGAAACCAGCAAUCCCCCUACUUGCCUAGCAGGGAGGGAUUUUAUUCCUACUGCUGUAUCUGAUUGCCUCCAGCUGAGCAAUAGGUUGGAGACCAGCCCACUACCAGGUCUGGACUUAUGUCUCUCAAAAAAACAAUAAACAACGGAGUGGAGCACAGGCCCACCUUGCUCUCCAAAUGCUCCACCCCAAGGGCCCAUAACUAAACAUAAUUUUUUGUUGUUGCACACAACAUGUACUCCCCUGGGGUUAAAUGUUCUAUGCCUCUAUAAAUCUAGGGGGAAAUAUAGAUUCCUUCACCGAUCUCACCCUGCACUUUAUCACAGUGUGUGUGUGUAUAUAUGUAUAUGUAUAUGUAUAUAUAUAUAUAUAUAUAUAUGUAUGUAUGUAUGUAUAUAUGUAUGUUAGUGUGCUUCUGGGUCUGUGCACACAUCUGUAGUCAGCGUGUGUAUCUGUGUCAUGGUGUGGGCAUGUAUCAAUGUUUGUGUGUGUCGUGUCUAUAUGGAUUUGUGUGUAUGUAUGUAUGUGCAUACAACCAAGCAGUCAAACACCAGCUCAACAUACAAGCACACUGCUGCAAUCUAACUCAAAUAUUACAUACACACCCCUGCAUUCAAACUAAAAAAAUAUACAAACACAUACUUCACACAAAUGAACAUCUACAUUUAAAAGUGAACAUUACAUUCAGACACACCCCUGCAAUCAAACACAAACAUUACAUUACUUGGGCAGACUAGAUGGGCCGAAUGGUUCUUAUCUGCCGUCACAUUCUAUGUUUCUACAUACAAUUCCCUGUAUUAAAACACCACUAUAUACAAGCACCCCUUCAAACACCAACACUGUACUUUACACUAUAGCCGCAGUAAAUGCCGCAGCGCUGUACAGAUAUAAAACCUAGAACUUUUGACUUGGGGUGCCUUGGAAAAUUACUGAAAUAUUAAUGGCACCUUGAACAUAAGUUUGGGAACCACUGUUUUUUUUUUUUUUUUUUAAAGUUUUAGAUACAAAAACCUCUUUGGAUUACAUCUAUUUAGGAGGUCUGUAGGUAAUGCUACUUUACCACAUGUAGCAGACCUACUCUUUCUACUCUAUAUUUCCUUUUAUUCUUUAGGAAUGUAGGUAGGCUAUUUUUCUACAUUUAGUAGACCUUCCAUUUGUGGUUUAUAUAUCCAUUUUCGUUUGUGUGGUUUUUCAUUUAUGGUGGAAGUUUAUUUUAUUUUGCAAUUCCCACCUUUUAGUUGGUAUUUAAUAAAGGCUAAGUUUUAACUAUUUGUUAAGCCAUAUCCUGACUGAAUUAGGAAUCGUUCCACUUAUAUACCAGCAUCACUAUUUUAAUACCGUUGUUUCAUUACUUUUUUGAUACUCGGAAAUCCUCUUAUUUUCUCUUUUUUCUUUUGUUACUAUUGCAUUAAGAAUACAAACGUAUUCCUAAUGUUAUAAUGCCCAUGUCCAUAUUCAAAUUAGUGCACCCCACCUUCCUAACGUGUAAUAAAAUUAGUAAAAUCUGUUGAAUUUAACUUUUCUGCAGCACAGACACUACCUCAGUGCUGCUGCCAGCUCUGCCUCCAAUGGCAUUAAUGUGGAGGUGUUACAUCCCAGGCAUUCGUUUAAACCAAUGCUCCUCAUAGACUAGUAUUAGGGACGUGAUAUAUAGGCGUGAAUUUCCCUUUAAAGGCUUCUCAUAGGAAAGUAUUUAAUUCAGUGCUUUCCUAUGAACUGCAUUUGACGUCCUUGUGGACCUCGAUUGUUACAUGACUGAGUUUAACUCGGUUCUUUAUGAAGUCCUCAAGAUUAAAUAGGCUUCUUGUGGUUGUAUGGAAGACAGCCACAAUAAGCUGCUUUAAACGUUGAAUGUGAUCAUUACAGAUUCUACAAAAUGGCAAUGGUUUACAUUAGGGGGUCAAAAUUACAGGGCCACUGCAUCCAGAUCACUUCAUUGAAAUAAAGUGGUCUGGUUGGCUUAAGGGAAUCUUUAGGGUAACUUUACCAAACUGCCGAAAUAAGUUAAAUCGCAUUGCCUGUUAUAGUUGAUUAAAAUGUACUCUGCCAAUACUUUCCCCAGUCUUUUAAAUUUAAUACAAUGUAUUGGUGAAAUAGCACAAAUUUGCAGUAAUUUAGAUAAAAGUGUGUAAAUUAUAUAUAUAAUGCAAAACUGCAACACUCCUUUUGGAUAGCUCCACUCAUGGUAAAUCUUUACAGUGCUUCGCUAAGGAUAUUGCUUUUUAGCAUUGUUCAAAUAGUAGCUGCAUUAAAAAAAAAAAAAAAAAAAGCUUGCAGUAACCUUAACUGCUGGUGUCCUUACCAACACCUAUCGAGUUCUUCCACAUUACUUUUGUGCGCAACAAAAUAUUUAUUAAGCUAAUUCAGUGGUUUGGCUAUAAUUGUUGAACUGUGGUAAUAAAGUUCUUUAUUUUAUUUCAUUACUGGUUUUGUUGAAAUAACUUGUAUCACAAUAAAUCGUGGUCUGUGUACAAGUGAAAAUUGUGUGCUCUUUUUAUGUGUAAAUAAUGAAUUAAACGCAUACGUAAACAUGAUUUAUCAAUUAACUAAAAUGCCAUUGUUACUUAGAAUAAGGCUACUUCCAGUGUAGACAGACAAACCUACCAUUUCCUUUACAAGAAGGAAUGUUU